CAGCGUCUUUCUGUGACGUAUGAAAAGGCGUGGCCACAAUAUGGCGCAGUGCAUGUGUAGCUGCUUGGAGCUGACCUAGGGGCUUCAAGAGAAAAUGAUUGCUGCUGGUGAUCUUUGCCUUGAAGACAUUGAAGAUAUUGUGUCAGCAGAAGAUCCAAAGCCGUUUGAUCGUCAGUUCAAUAGAAAAAACAUCAUUCCUAAAGUGCGAAAACGCCAGUCACAAAAGAACGUGGAAGUGGAUGAUCCUCCCCCUAGAGAUAGUGUGAUUCCCGGUAUACAGAAAAUUUGGAUACGUACAUGGGGAUGUUCCCAUAACAGUUCAGAUGGUGAAUACAUGGCUGGACAGCUAGCUGCUUAUGGAUACAGUAUAACAGAAAAUGCAGCCGAAGCAGACCUCUGGCUAUUGAACAGUUGUACAGUAAAAAGCCCUGCUGAAGACCACUUUCGAAACUCAAUUAAGAAAGCACAAGAAGGAAAAAAGAAAAUUGUUCUAGCUGGAUGUGUUCCACAAGCCCAGCCCCGACAAGACUAUCUGCACGGACUGAGCAUUAUUGGGGUUCAACAGAUAGAUCGUGUAGUGGAAGUCGUUGAGGAAACUAUUAAGGGUCAUUCUGUAAGAUUGCUGGGACAGAAAAAGGAUAAUGGGAAACGGUUGGGGGGAGCACGACUGGAUUUGCCAAAGAUUAGAAAGAACCCCCUGAUAGAAAUCAUUUCCAUCAAUACAGGGUGUCUCAAUGCAUGUACUUAUUGCAAAACUAAGCAUGCCCGAGGGGAAUUAGCAAGCUAUUCUAUUGAAGAACUGGUAAACAGAGGCAAACAGUCCUUUCAAGUGUCCCGUGGUCACGUGAUCAUCACCUGCAAUCUUUUCUGCCAGCUUCACACAAGCAAAGUCAGUGGGGAAACUGACAGGGAAAGUCAAAACUGCUCUGAAGGAGUAUGUGAGAUAUGGCUGACCAGCGAAGAUACAGGAGCUUAUGGCAGAGACAUUGGCACAGAUCUCCCGACUCUCUUGUGGAAGUUAGUUGAAGUGAUCCCCGAGGGAGCAAUGCUAAGGCUUGGCAUGACAAAUCCUCCGUAUAUUUUAGAGCAUCUGGAGGAAAUGGCUAAAAUUCUCAACCAUCCAAGAGUCUACGCUUUUCUACAUGUACCAGUUCAAUCUGCUUCUGACAGUGUAUUAAUGGACAUGAAGAGAGAAUAUUGCGUAGCUGAUUUCAAACAUGUGGUGGAUUUUCUUAAAACUAAAGUACCUGGAAUAACAGUUGCUACAGACAUCAUUUGUGGGUUUCCAGGGGAAACCGAUGAAGAUUUUCAAGAAACCAUGAAACUUGUGGAAGAAUACAGGUUUCCAAGUCUUUUUAUUAACCAGUUUUAUCCACGCCCUGGGACUCCAGCUGCAAAAAUGCCUCAGGUUCCAGCUCAGAUAAAGAAACAAAGAACAAAAGAACUGUCCAAACUAUUUCAUUCAUACAAUCCAUAUGAUCACAAGAUUGGGGAGAGACAGAAAGUGCUUGUUACAGAAGAAUCCUUUGAUUCCAAGUUUUAUGUUGCUCAUAAUAAGUUCUACGAACAGAUUCUUGUACCAAAGAACCCUGACUUCAUGGGUAAGAUGGUAGAAGUGGAAAUUUUUGAAGCAGGGAAGCAUUUUAUGAGAGGACAGCCAGUAUCAGAGGCUAGAGUGUUCACUCCAUCUAUCAGAAGGCCAUAUGCCCGAGGAGAAGUUUCUGGUUUAACAGAGGAGUUCAGACAUGCACUGGAAAAUGACUCAGAAUCAAAAGCCUGUCCAUCUGUUGAGCGGCAAAUCGUACAAUUGAGCCACUGGAUGGUGAUGCAGUUGCCUUGGCAACACGAGGGAAAACUGCUGAAGAUGCUGUCACUAAGUGUGGCUCUUCUAGCAGUUCUUAUUGCCUUUUACUAUGGAGACAUUUAAAUAGAAAACUGUGCCGAAUGGUUAUUCCAUCAAUAGAUAACAGCUUGCCUGUUGAGAACUUCAGAAUCUAAUGUUUGAUAAUCAGAAUCUAUAUAAAGCUUUCCUGAACUGGUAGAAAUUCUUUGGUGGUUUGUUUUUUUAAAUCAAGAUUUCAACAUCUCAAUUUUUCAUAAAAUAACUUCAUUUCGUAAGCACCUAUGUUAUAGCUAUAUUUCUUAAAUAACAGCUAAUUCCUUUUUAUUGUGCUCACCUGAGGCCUUAUUAAAAGCAAUCUUUAAAGCACCUUGAAUCACUCUUUGUUCCGUAAUUAAAAUAUUCAGUUCAAAAUCGUCAGGCCACUAAACUUACAAUAAUCUUUAUAAUCAUAGGAACACCCAUGAUCCAAACCAACAGCAAAACUGUUGUCUGAUAGGUACUUAAAUACAGAGAGACACAAAGUAGAUGACUCAAUAUUUAAAAACUUUUAAUGUUUUCCUUUUCACUUCGAGCAUUCUUCAUCUUCCGUGAUCAAUGCUUGGUUGAUUCAUAUAAGCCUCUUUAAGCAAAAAUGUAAUCAAUUUCAUUUACUACUCCAGGCAAUAAAACAUUCUGGAUUUAUUUCUGUAGAGGGCUUCCUUACCAUAAGAGAAUUCCUCUCUUCCUCCUACAGCCACGGAGGAGGAAUGUUGUCAUCUUUUCUGGUCCAACACACUUGAAAAAGCAUUCUUUCAAAGAACGUAGUGCAGCUCACCAUAUUGACAAACAUCUCAGGACCUCUCCCCUCUUUUGUAGCCUGCUUCAGAUAUUCUAAAGUUGUAAACCACCGCCAAGUAAGGGAAAGGCCCCGUUUUUGCAAGGAAGGCCAAUGUUCUGAGUUCUAUAUUGAGUAGACUUUAUGGUCCCAGGAGUUUUAUGGGAAUUGACCCUUUGAGAAAGCCAGCAACCAUAGAGUGUUUUCAGGACGGGAGCCAGAGCAUCUGCUUUUACUUACCUGCUGAGAUUACUUUGUGGUCGCAGGGCCCUUCAGAACAUUUGGCAGUAAGUCAGAGCAGACAAGUGGGGAGGAUGGAAAUUUUAAACUAUUCUCUCUAGGAAAUUCAACGAGCGUGAGAUCAUUCCUAGCCUAGACUUGAGAAGGGGUUCGCUAAAAGGCAGUAAUGAGGAGCUAGUAAUUCUAACUGUUUAUUUAGUCUAUUCUUCGUUUUUGUGAGAUUAUGUACUAAUACAUUCCAUACUGAAUAAUCUAAAAUUACAGAAAAUAUAAAAAAUAUCCUACAUGACCUUAAAAUAAAGCUGCAGAAAAGAAUAAAAGUGCCAAAUUAAUUUGCCCUUCAAAUGUAAAUAAUAAAAUCUGAUUAUUGUGCUUUAAAAUUA